CCAACCUACUUCAUUGCAGGCAACAAUGGAACUGCCCUAGUAGACGAGAUUUUGAAUGGUUUCGGUUGGAGGAGGAUAAGAGAGAAAAAUGACGAGCUCUUCAAAUUGAAAUGGAGCGAGUUGAAGGCCUCCAUUGAUUACAAUAACUUCAGAGAGGGUGAACAACUGGUCAACCACAUUCCAAAUUGCGAAAUCCUAACAAACAAGCAAGGUUUAUUAAACAGCUUACAAGAGUAUGGCAAAAUAAACGCUGCGAACCACAAGCAGCCAGUCAAACUGGACUUUUUCCCGGAAACGUACAAAGUCGACGAUCCAAAAGAUAAAGAAAAAUUCCUGGCUACCUACAAAGAGGAUGAUAUCUGGAUCUGCAAGCCGACAGGUAGAAACCAAGGUAAGGGGAUCUUCUUAAUUUGGAAUUCGGAGGAAUGUUACAAGGCGGUCACCCAGGACAACUCUCCUAACCCCACCAGGUUCAGACCUCUCAACAGAAUCAUACAACGGUACAUAUCUAAUCCUCUGCUCAUAAACAACCGGAAAUUCGACAUCCGAUGUUACAUGCUCAUUGCGAGUACCUCCCCAUACGUUAUCCUCUACCACAAAGGCUACAUUCGACUCUCCAUGUACAACUACGACAAAAACAGCGACAACAUGCUGACACACCUAACAAAUCAGUACAUUCAGAAAAAAGACCCGAAAUAUGGAGAGCGAAAAGAGGAUACUGUGUGGAGCAUGGACAAAUUCAAUGACUACGCCAACAGAAACUUCGCAGAGAGCAAGAACGUCGGCAGAAAUUGGGUUUAUAACGGCUUAACGGAAAAAAUGAAAUCGAUCAUAAUGGUCUGUUUCAACUCCGUUAAGAAUAAAUUGCAAAGACGGUUGGGCUAUUUUGAGUUGUAUGGCAUGGACUUUCUUGUCGAUGAGAAUAUGAAAGUUUGGCUGAUAGAAAUAAAUAUGAACCCCAGUUACACCAUCAACUGCGGAGCUCUUAAGGACGUCAUUCCAGGUUUACUCAAAGAAACUCUAGAUAUAGCCAUCGAAUGUUUCGAGAAGGGACGGCGAAGAAAGCCUCUUCUACCAUUGAAUUCGCGCCAAAACUACGAAGUAUUAUAC